AUUGCUAUCUAGUUGGUUCAACUCUCUUGUGGUGUGUAUAUAUAUAGUUAGAGCUCUCCAUGAAUGAAACCACCCUACACAUUUAUUUGAUCAUCAAAUCUUGAGAGAAGAAACAUUGAGUAAGUAACCAUGGUUUCAUUUCAAGAACAAUUAAAGUUUGAGAUAAUUUCACAGAAGAAGAGAAGAUGGGAAGACAAUAAUAAUAUUCAAGAAGUAGGAACAGAAGAAGACUUUUUCAAAAAGUUAUCUAAAGUUGAUCAUAGUAAUCAAAAGCCAUCAACAAAAUCAUUGUUCUUUGAUGAGUAUAUCAAUUUCUUCCGCCUUGAAAACCCCUCAGAUGAUCGGAAAAAUCAGUCAGAGAAUAUACAACAUUACAACAGCAAGAAUAACCUAGAGAAGAUCAUAACUACUACUACUGCAUGUAACAAAGAUCCAAUAAAGAAGCGAAGUUCAUCAUCAGAUAGGUUAGAAUUGAGUUUAGACCUUGAACUUAAUUUACUUCCAUAUGAGUCCCUUAAGACAACCGCAACUGAUCACAAUUGUUCCGAGAAGAAAAAUGAGAGCAAAGACGCCAACAAUGAUGUAGUAAAAGUUAAAAGGCGACGUCCUUCGUGGAUGUCAUUCAAUACUGAUCAGGACGGAGAGAUGGUUGCAGCUGCUUGCAUGAGAUGUCAUAUGUUGGUUAUGCUUAGCAAGUCAUCUCCUUGUUGUCCUAAUUGCAAGUUCAUUCACCCCCCUGAUCACCACAGUCCUAUGAUCAAUCUGUUUAAGCCAAGGUUUAGUUCCAAAGGUUAAUCGGAUAUGUAUUACAAACUUAAUAAUUAUAUCUGAAAUCUAUAUGUAGGAUUGAAAUAUAUUUUUAUAGUAAUUGUAUCAUCUUUUCUCUAAAAUCCUCUGCCUAGUUAUAAAUUAAAUCACCAUUUUUUUUUC